CAAACGGGUUGAAACAACAUAACGGAUCAACGAGCGCAACCAGCAGCAGCCCAUGUCGUACUUGGUCCCGUCCGAGUACUUGCAGAAGUUCACGCCCAAGGAGAUCCAAGACCUCAAGAGGCUGUUCAAGCAGUUCGACACCGACACGAGUGGCUCCAUUGAUGCUGCAGAACUCUCGCGGCUGCUCCUCUCCGUUGGGGAGCAACCGUCGCCCGAGCUCUUGAACGAAUUGAUCGCCUCUGUCGACACGGACCAUAGCAACACGAUCGAGUUUCCCGAAUUUCUGACGUUGCUGUAUGAGCUCCGCCAUCCUGUCCCGAACGCAGCACCGGUGCAUUACCCGACAGGGCCAACGUUUUGCAACGACUCGGCGGCCGCGCUAGGGGGAUGGAACACGACGUUUGACAAGCCCGCGUCGUCGCCGGUUGCGUCGCCCAGUAGCUUCGCACCGAAGGCGAGCUCUGCGUUCACAUCGGCCGCCGCCACGUUCAACAAAGGCACGAGCGUGCCGACGCCUCCGGUGGUCGUCGUGAAGAAGCCAGCUCGGGCCGCAACUCCUAUCGCGGCUCCCGCUGCUCCCGUCACCGCCGCCCCGGUGCCAGUCGAACCGGUUCGCAGGUCGUCGGUCGCAGAGAACGCGGCCAAAUUUGGUGCCACGAAGAAGUCGAUGUCGCCUGCGCAGUCCCCGGCGCUCGGCCCCGCCGCGCACCCGCCCGUCCAGCGCGUGCCAUCUCAACUCGCGACCAUCGUCCAGAAACACUUGACGAUCAACGAAAGCCACAGCGCUACGGGCGGUGUGCAUUCGUAUUCCGAGGAAGAAAAGGCAGCUUUUGCCGAGCACAUCAACCACUGCUUGUCGGGGGACCCGCAGCUGCCGUACUUGCCCAUGGACACAUCGUCGAAUGCGCUAUUUACGUCUGUGACAGACGGCAUCCUCUUGUGCAAGUUGAUCAACCAGGCGGUACCAGAUACGAUUGACUUCCGCGCCGUGAACAUCAAACCCAAGCUCAACCUGUACGAAAAGACGGAAAACCUAAACUUGGUGAUCAACGCCGCCAAGUCGAUUGGGUGCUCCAUUGUGAACAUUGGGCCGUCCGACUUGCUGGAAGGCAAGGCGAUUCUGGUGCUGGGGCUGGUGUGGCAGCUGAUCAAGAUCCAGCUUACGUCGACGAUUAACUUGAAGAAUCACCCCGAAUUGGUGCGGUUGCUGCUGGACGGCGAGUCGCUUGAGGACUUCAUGAAGCUCCCGCCCGACCAGAUCCUCCUUCGAUGGGUCAACUACCACCUCGCCGCCGCCAAUCACGACAAAAAGAUUGCCAACUUUGGGCGUGAUAUUGCCGACGCGACGGCGUACAGCGUGUUGCUGCAUCACAUUGCCGGGUCGAAAUGCGACUUGGCGAAGGAACCGAGUGCCGUGGAGCGGGCGGCGCAUGUGAUUCGGAACGCCGAAAAGAUCGGCGUGGACCCGUUCCUGAAACCCACAGAUAUUACCAUGGGCAACACCAAGCUCAACUUGGGGUUUGUCGCGCAGCUGUUCAACACGUGUCCGGCGCUGGACGGGGUGGACGUGGCCGAGCUGCGCGACAUUCUGGACGACGACGUGGGCGACAGCCGCGAGGAGCGGUGCUUCCGCAUGUGGAUCAACUCGUUGGCCAUCCACGAUGUAUAUGUGAACCAUUUGUACUCGGACUUGAAGGACGGGCUCGUGAUUUUGCACGUGCUCGAUAAGACCGAGCCCGGCGUCGUGAGCUGGCCCAAGGCAAACGUAGCCCCGACCAACAAGUUCAAAAGAGUGGAAAACUGCAACUACUGCGUCGUGCUGGGCAAACAGCUCAAGUUUUCGCUCGUGAACGUUGGAGGGGUCGACAUUGCGGACGGCAACAAGAAGCUCGUGCUGUCGCUGAUCUGGCAGCUCAUGCGCCACAGCACGAUCAAGCUGCUGUCGUCGCUCGGCCAAGAUGUGCAUGACAAGGACAUUAUCGACUGGGCCAACGCCAAGGUGCUGGCUGGCGGCCGCCAUAAACGGCUGACCAUGGUGCAGUUCCGGGACCAGGCGCUGUCGGACAGCGUGUUCCUGCUCGAUUUGGUCUACGCCGUCGAGCCGCGCGCGGUGAACUGGGACGCGGUCGCUUUAGGCUCGCCACUUAGCCACGUGGACAAGGAAGCCAACGCCAAGUAUGCGAUCUCGUGCGCGCGAAAGAUUGGCGCGGCCGUGUUCCUGACGUACGAAGACAUUGUCGAAGUCAAGCCCAAGAUGAUCAUGACGUUUGUGGCGUCGCUCAUGUCGCUCGACAAGCAGCAUCGCUGAAUAACGAUUACAAUCUUUCAGACACAUCGUUGGUCCUUGCACAUAGGUCCUAAAUUGAGUGAUACUACUACAGUACCUAUACCAGUACAAUGGCACUGUGUACUUGGACGCCUUAUAACACAAAUGUUUUACAUG